UCAGCCAAAACCCCCUGAUCACCAGCUUCAAGCUUAAUUUGUGCAGGCGAGGCCGUGGGGCGUGAUUUGCGGCAUUUAAAACAAGUCACUGGUGACCUUUGGUGAUGGAGGGACCUGCUUCCGAGUCGGUGGCAGCAGCAGCAGCAACAUAAACAGAGCAGUGGUUCCACGUUAAAUAAUACUGCAAGUGGGAGCUGCCGUUAUGGCAAACAGAAGAUGUGGAAAGCGGUUUACUAAAGGCGUCGGUGAAGAUUGUGGGUUGACUGACGGGAUUAGAGUAUAAUCUCAUAGAGACAGAAAGCUACGUGUCUGGUUAAGGACUGAAUUGUUAGAUCGCUACAGAAUAAGUGACAAGAAGUUACUGUUGCUAAAGAGAUGGCACUGCCAUUCAAAAAGGACCUUGAGAAGUACAAGGAUAUUGACGAGGAUGAGCUUCUUGGCAAACUUAGUGAAGAAGAAUUGAAACAGCUCGAAACUGCUCUUGAGGAACUGGAUCCAGAGCAUUCACUCCUGCCAGCAGGCUUUCGUCAGAAGGACCAGACUGUCAAAAGCCCAACAGGCCCAUUUGAUAGAGAUCAACUUCUAGCAUUCUUGGAGAAACAGGCCUUGGAGUAUAAAGACAGGGAGGAUUAUGUGCCUUUCACAGGGGAGAAAAAAGGAGCAGCAGCUGCCACUGCCUCAGGAAAGUUAUGGAUACCAAAGCAGAAACCUGUAGAGCAGCGUGUAGAAGAGAAGGUGACCCUGGAUCCAGAACUGGAAGAAGCCUUGACCAGUGCAACAGAUACGGAACUCUGUGACCUUGCAGCCAUUUUAGGGAUGCACACAUUGGUAAGCAACACACAUUACUUAGAUUCUGUUGGAGGCAAAGGAGGCCUGAACAAUGUUGUCAAAGGUGAGAAGGUCAAACCAGUUUUUGAUGAACCUCCCAAUCCAACAAAUGUAGAAGAAAGUUUACAGCGAAUAAAAGCCAAUGACCCAGGGCUUGUAGAGGUUAAUCUUAAUAACAUAAAGAAUAUUCCAAUUCCAACAUUAAAAGACUUUGCGGAAACCUUGAAAAAAAAUACUCGCCUGAAGAAAUUUAGUUUGGCAGCAACUCGGAGCAAUGACCCUAUUGCUUUUGCUUUUGCAGAUAUGCUACGAGUUAAUAAAACACUUCAAAGUCUAAAUCUUGAGUCAAACUUCAUCACUGGUGUUGGAAUACAAGCAAUCAUAGAUGCACUGAAAGACAAUGAAACCUUAAUGGAGAUCAAGAUUGAUAAUCAGCGCCAACAGUUAGGUGCCACUGUUGAAAUGGAAAUAGCGCAAAUGCUGGAGACAAACUCCUCAAUCUUGAAGUUUGGAUAUCAGUUCACACAACAAGGACCACGAACGAGGGCAGCCGCAGCCAUAACCAAGAAUAAUGAUCUAGUCUGGAAUAUGAGUAAAUUCUUCAUUGACCUUGCCAGCUGUCCAGCCAUGAAGCCCCGAAUGUUCGCAAAAAGCGAGUCGAAAGAGAUACAUAUUAAUGGUAAUCUGGAGUCUGUGUCUGCCUGGUGCUGUAUUUCAUCCUAUGGAAGACCCACUACAAUGCAUUGGGCAUGUUGCCAAGCCUAGCUUAAGGCAUUCUCACAUUUUCUGUCUGGGUAGAAGGGAAAAGACUGGAAUUUAACCCCUCCACUGUUGUAGCAGAAACUGUAAUUUAGUAAUAACUUUUCCAUAAAAAUCACGUUUCUUUUUAAUUUUUCAGGGGACCUCAUGAUUAGCACCAAACCAUAUUGUAAUUUGAAAAUGUUAGAUAGUGAGGUAUCCAAGACGAGAAAAAUGUUUGACUUGAAAUUUGCACUGUGCCCAUGUCAAGUAUUUUUAAUCUUUUUAUAUACUGUAAUGAAAAUCGUGCUAAAUUGUAGUGUGUUGUGCAGUGGAGUGUCAUUUUUGUACUGCACUUAAUGUUCCAGUAUAUCAGGACUAAGACAAGAAAAGUAAAUUUUUUUUAUAAAAACAAUUUUUUUGUAUUAAAAAAGAACUAUGAAGUUUGUGUUGGGACUUGGAUUUAUUUUGCUGAUUUGGCCAUGUUGUAUAGCACUGAACCAUGGCCAUGCAGGUAGCUGUUGCUCUUCUGCUUGCCUGUUGUUUGAUGAGAACAGUUCAAAUCAAGUCUUAACAGAGGGAUAUUUCUUCAGACUUUCUGCCAAAAAAGCCACUUGUAAUUCUUAAAUUCAUCUACAGUCCUCUUGCUAAAACUGCAAUUUAUUACCAAAAUAACUUUUAUCAAUAAAAUUUCUAUUAGAGCAUUAUAAUAUCACACUUGUAGAUUAUGUUCUGAAAGGAUUAUACUAGUUGGCAAUAGUCAUAACUGUUUAACCAAAGAUCUAUAAAUCUGGAUUCUUUACAGUUUUGUCAACCUAAUGUGUUAAAUAGACCUUUCCAGUUAAGUUGGAUUGUCUGACGUACUAAUAUUGGGAAAACAAAUCUGAGCUACUGUUUACAAAGUCCUCCUGGUUUGAUAAAUGUAAACCAGCACACUGAUAAAGCUGUGUGCAGUAGCUAAAAGUAUGUAAAGUUUUUAUGACCAACCCCCCCCCCCCCCACACACACACACACACACACACACACACACACACACACACAAAAACAAAGUUUUAUUUGCUGAUUAUUUUAGGAGUUUGUCUAACUUUACUUAGAAAAUUUUGUGGCAGCAUGACUAAUAUUGCAGGAAAAUAUCUGGAUACUAAAAAAUGCAUAUGCAUGCCAGUAUCUUGUGUAGUAUGCUUAAAUGACCAAACUGUUGUGAAUAUUGUCUGAAAGUCCUAGACUUGUGUAUUUGUAUGGUUAAGCUAUAUUAUAAUAACAUGAAGAAAAGCUAUGUCAGUGUUUGUAGGCCCAUGUCUGUUGUCUACCCCAGAGACUAAUGCAUUACAUUGAGUUGUUGUUUUUUCAAACAUAACAAUUAUCACAGGAUCAUGAAAAGAAGCUGUUAUAAAUGUUCAACUGUUAAUGUUUAAUCUCCGUUAUACAAAGUCUUGUUUAACCAUAAUGGAAAUCUGAUUUGUGGGAAUAAAUACAAAUUAAAAUUGGAUGUUGAAAAUAUUUGUAUAGCCUAUCCUUGUAACUGAACAUCUUAAAAAGAACACUCCUUACAAAGGUGUUAGGUUGUUUUGUGCAGUAAUAAAUAAUGGUUAACAACCUAUUACAUAAAGUGCAUAUAAGAAUUAAUCUGAGGAUGUUAAUGUAAAAAGUGCUGUAUAUAUUUAACAUGUACAGCAUUUUAAAAUGAAACCUGUGGGAUAAUAAAGUUUUUAAUAAUUCAA